ACACUUGAGCACUUUCUAGACACAGUUUCACUUUUCCUAUGUGCGCUAAUUUAUGUUGUGAAGGAAAUAGCAUGAGUUUGGUGUUUGUCCUGUUGUUGUUUGUUGUUUGUUCUCAAAGUGUCACAGCUUCUACUACUGAUGCAAAUUCGAAUGGAAAACCACCAUAUGAGACUCAAAGGGCGCAAUGUACGGUUACUGCCGGAGAAGUACAAGCCAGCGCUGAAGCGAGCGUUUCGAAAACUUUGGAAGGUGUAUGUGGAUCGGAUGAAAUGAAACUAGCUUUUGCAAGUUUAGAACUAAAAUUAACCCAGGAGUUGGAAACCAUCAAAGAACUAAUAAGGAGCAUGCAGGGGUCUAAAAUUUUACCAACGGGUGACCGAGAUAUACCUCAGCAACGCAGUCAAGGAUCAGAGCCCCACGUCUUAUUAGUGAGUUCAUCGACACCCCGGCAGAUUAACACUUUACAUACUGCCUAUCCAGAGAAAACCAAGGUCGGAAUUAAGCCAGAAAUCACUAGCAAAUCAGACAAGGCUUCGAAAAAUCUGAAGUUCCUUCCGACAAACCAAAGUCUAAAAACUUGGAAAUCUUCUCGCGAUGCCGAAGUUGAUAAGUUGAACAAUACAAUGCUCUCCGGGGUGGAGACGAAACUUUUCGCCUACUAUUGGAAAUUGGAUAAAUUUACUCAGAAGCUCAAGUCGAAUGUUUCAAUUGAUCACAGUCCAAUGUUUGCCAUUUUGGGCAAACGUCUGAGACUUAAAGCAGUGUUCAACCAUUUAAAUCGAGACUUUUUGUAUUUAUUAGUGGAGAAUGCAAGCAACGUCCGGGAUGAGUUCCAAAGUGUAUUUCUGGAGACAGGAAACAUGUUUAAACCACUUCAAACAAAAUUUAAAUUCAAGCAUAAAAUUGCAGUUCUGGAGCAGACUACCACGUCAAAUUUGGACUUGGAAUCCCAAGAAUUCACGAGCAUAGAAAGUGGUUUCCUGAUCCCAAACAGCGCAUUACUGACAAACUCGUAUUUAAAAAAUGACACAAUCUUAGUUAAAUUAAUCGUAUAUUUAUAAAGUUCAGAUUUAAAAUUAAUCGAGUACAUCACAAAAAUCAGUAUAUUUGUAAUAUAUUAUUCACACAUUCAACCUAUAAAUACAACUAUUACAGUGA